AUGCCAACAGCCCCCAAGUCCUUAUCUACAUCUGCAGUGCAUAUUCUGCUCCAGUAUUGUGCCUGCUUUUGUCGUCAGGACAGUCUUGAGGUAAAUCUCCAUUUCCUGUUGUACAUAUUUAAGGAAAUUUUUGAUGAAUUUUUAAAUGUAUCGUUUGAUUUUGGUAAAUUUUUGCUGUGGGAUAUAUAUCGUCCAUGCUAUUACCAUCAAGAUACCUCACGUAAAAUAUAG